AUGGAGUCACAGUACCUGAAGAGAUGCUUGGGAAGUUGCCUGAAAAAGGGCCUGGCAGAGAUUGUAGAGCAUCGGCCAGCAGAUCCAAUAGAGUAUCUGGCACAUUGGAUUUACAAUUACAGAAGAAUCUUAGAUGAAGAAAACAAGAGAAUGUUGGAGAGGAUUGAGCUGGAAAAAGAACGGGAGGCAGCUCUGGCAGAACUCGAAAUGUUAAGAAAAAUGAAGGAAGAAGAGUUAAUGAUCCAGGAGAAACUUGAAGAACAGCGUCAGUUGGAACAAAAACACAAGGAGUUGGAACUGCAGAAGGAAGAAGAAAAAAUGCCGUUGCAACAGCAAGAUCAAGAGGAAAAUGAAAAUAUGAUAGCUGAACUUACAGAUACACCUGAAGUGCCUGAUUUGACCAAAGUUGAGGAGGUAGAUGAGAGUAGUCAGGUUCAGAGUAUAACAGACGUCCCAGCAGAGUCAGAAGAAGAAAAUUCCCAACCGAUCUGA